GACAACGUCGGGCAUCGAACCGGCCGCUCGUUGAUUCCUUACUAACGUGAUUUCAGGGAUAUUCUUACUUAAUCAACUAUUCUUUUGCAAAUAAUUAUUUUAAUGUAUUUUCAUUAAAAAUGCAAUUAUUAUAGUUAUUCUAUUGAGCUGAAACAAUCGCUGGAUAGUGACUUUCUGAGAUGUUUCAAAUUCUGGAAGAAAGCGUAAAAGUGCAGUUGCACAUUUCGUAGUUUAUGGAAGACGAAAAAAAGUAGAAAAACUCUGAACUAUCAUUAUCAAAGCAUUUGCAAGAAGAAUAAGCAAGAUAAUAUAAAUACUCUUGGAAUUAAAGUAAAAUCUGGGAAGAUUAAAAAAGAAUAAUCCAGAGUAAUUAGUGAAUACGAAAAAAGGGGAAUAAUUAAGAAAUCUGUAGAUGCAAUUAAUGUGACUGGUGCGUGAUAAUACGCUAAGGAACGGAAUCACAAGCGGAAGUGCGAUCAAGAAUUCUUGGUGCUUUACCUGGAACUCAUCAGAGCUUUAAGAGCGCCAAGGAAAAAAAACAAGACGAAGAAAAGAAGGAAGAAGUACCCCUAUUUGAUCGUGAUUGUCAGGGUUUGUGGACAAAGACCGGGAGCGAGAUCGGGCCCGGAUGCUCGCAAGGGCAAGACGUCGGAAGCGCUGCCACGUUGGAAGGGAAAAUCUUGACUGUCUUCAACAAGUUUCUGACAACAUCCCCUUUGGUUAACAAGGUUAAGCUACUUAUGACUCGUAAAGACACCGAUGGAGGGAGCGGUAAUGAUACAGAGUCAGGCAAUUGUUCUUCGAGGCCAUCGAUAAGUGAAGCUUCCUGGACGGAUGUUCGAAAGCCAUCGGUGCCAAGUGAUUUCAACGUGACACAGAUCCGACAGCAACUUCCACCAAAAGAAGAAAGAAGUCAAAAAGUAGAAGAGACAACAGACAUUAGGCCGCAGUGUUUUCAUAGACAAGUCGAUAGUUGUCAUGUGCAAGCAAUUAAAGUAAGUUCACAUGAGUCUUCAGAGCCCGAGAUGGAAUCUUUGGUGGUUUCUUCGACAGCCUCUAGUUCUUCGGUAUCUGGACAAACUCGACUACCUACCAGUUUGCUGUUUGAACUUCCAGAUAGUCGAAGAGGUUCUAGCUGUCCCAGUGAUCAGAUGCCAGCCAUUAGUAAAGCUCAAAUGAAAGAAUUUGAAGAAGCUUUUAAUCUUUUUGAUAAGGAUCGUGAUGGAAGUAUCACAAAAGAAGAACUUGGCAGAGUGAUGAGAGGUUUAGGACAAUUUGCUCGGACUGAAGAGCUAAGAACUAUGUUAGAAGAAAUUGAUACAGACGGUGAUGGAAAUGUCAGUCUUGUUGAGUUUGUAAAGAUUGUCAGUAACAUUGGGAGUGCAAAUGCUGCACAACAGACAGAUCUUACUCAAGAAGAGCAAGAAGAGCAAGAACUUCGAGAUGCAUUUCGGGUCUUUGAUAAGCACAAUCGAGGAUACAUUACAGCUUCUGACCUUCGGGCUGUUCUCCAAUGUCUAGGGGAGGAUUUAUCAGAAGAAGAAAUUGAGGACAUGAUAAAAGAAGUGGAUGAGGAUGGAGAUGGGCGAAUCGAUUUUUGCGAAUUUGCUCGGUCUCUCGUAAAUCCUGGAACUGAUGAUGACGAAGAUGAAGAGGACGAAGAACCGCCACAAUCUCCUCCUUCUCAAAAUUAAUGGGAAAUGUUUACUUCUUCAAUAUCUCUUUACUUUUCCUAUCAAAUAAAUUAAUAAAAGACUAUAAUGCAAUGAGCAGAUAAAAACAGAGCUAAAAAUAUAUUAAAUAUCCAUUUUAUGAGUUAUUUAUAAGGAAAUUAAAGAACAUUAUCACCGCACGAUCUUGUCAUUAUAAAAUUACUCAUACUGGCACGUUUUGUGUCUUAGAAAUGUAACUAUAUGUGUAUAUGUAUAAUGUACAUUGUCGUUUUUGCUUUUAAAUUUUCAAAUCACUGUUUUAUCUUGUUUGAGGCAUGAAGUUAUGAGCAAAUGAAUUAGAAUGAUUACUUGAUUCUAAAACAAGACUGAAGUAUUUAAGAAGAUUUGCAAGAAAAUUACUCGAUUAAUCGUAUUUUUUAAUCAUACUUAUUAUAAUCUUCUUGUAAAUUGAUGAAGAAUGUUGGAAGCUGAUAACUUUAUCUCAAACUAAUCCGCGUUUUACAAUCAAUGUAAGGUCCAGUAAUUAAGUGAAAUGAUUUUUUUUCGUCUAGAAAUCAAAAAAAUGCUUUCAUAAGUUUAUUAAGUAAUUUUUUAUAAUAUAAUACUGUUAAACAUUGAUUGUAUCUAUAAAUGCAUAACGUUUCAAUCAUCGAAAGUUUCACAAAAUACAAAUAUUAACUAUAAAACAAUAAAAUAUACGUACAUAAAUUUUUUGCUUGAAUUUGUGAGAUGCUAUAAUCUCAAAAUUUGUCGGUAUAAAAUAUAAAGUAUUGUAAUAAAAAAAAAA